AUUUUCAUCAUUUUGUGCUACGUAGCACUGUCUCAAGCUGGCAUUCAAUUUCCACUACAAUAUCCCGUGAAGUCAUCAUACAUAGAUUAUUACGCUUACCCCAAGUACAAAUUCAACUACGGAGUUAAUGACCCCUUCACAGGAGACAACAAAUCACAAUAUGAAGAAAGAGAUGGUGAUACAGUAAAAGGAAGUUACUCGAUUGCUGAACCAGACGGCACAUUCCGUACAGUAACAUAUAUAGCGAAUGAUAAGCAUGGAUUUAUCGCAAACGUCGAAAAAACUGGACAUGCACUUCAUCCACAUGAAAAAAUAAUUCAUUCUGGAACGUAUUACGAAACUGGAUCGCUAGGUCAUCACUAAUGGUGGACAUUUCUUUUGAAAUGAGUAGAAAUAGCCAUACGAAGCCUUGUUUAUGCAUAACACGAUAUUCUGAACCGAUAUACUUGAAAUAUAUAAUUUCUGAAUUGUAAAAGAAAUAUUGUCA